AUGUCCCACGACACGCAUAAUACAGCCACACCCCAGCAUUCCUCUGCACCUGCCCAGCAAGGCAUCACCAGUCACCCCGACUUCCCUCGCGUUCCCCCAUCCCAUCCCCACGGCCAAUCCGACUUCCCUCGCGUUCCCCCAUCCCACCCCCCUGGUCAAUCCGGCUUCCCUCGCGUUCCCCCGCCCUAUCCUCCCGGCCUGACGGCUGGACCGCAUGCGUUCGCGUUCGGCCAGUUCGGUGUCCCAGGCUAUGUUCACACACCCGCGGCAUCUGUGCAGCCGCCUGGCCAAUCUGGCGCGCACUUCUCGUGCUUCAGCCAGCAUGCUGCAGCACCGAACGAUACGUCCCCACCCCCUCGGAUGGAGACUACCGCUUUCGUGGGCGGGCACCCCCCGCGAGAGGCGCAACGCGCAGAUGCAGCCGCUGCGCGAGCGCGGGUGACACCGCCGCCUCAGCAGAAGCAUCGUGGAGGGGGUGAUGCAGCUACGAAUGCUAUCGGCGAUGACGACGAGGCCGCCGAAUUGACUGCAAAGAAGCCUCGCGGACGCACCGGGCCAGUCAAGCGUGGGUUGAAGCCCAAGGAAUGCUUUGACUUGGUGUAUAUUGCCGACGAUAUAGAUUAUUUCGGCCCGGGAAAGAGGGGGGACAAGGACAAGGCACUUGGCAGCGCCGCGCGCGCUUGUAAGACCUUACCUCAACUCUCAGACGGGAUGUUCAGAGCUCGCUCAUCAGGAAAAGCAGCCCAGGGGCCGAAGCGGACUCAGCUGGACUCAAGCGGGCUCAAGCGUCUCAAACGCUCAAGAGUGUCAAAAGUUAUUGCCUGA